AUCACGGAAAUGGGGAAUAACGAGGCAACGCAACAGAAAGCCGUAUUUGGAUUAAUAACAUUGAAUUUAUCACAUUAAUACAACUAUAACCACGAUUUGAACAUUAAAUAACAUUCGAUAUAGUCCUAAAAAAAUCGGGAAGACAGAAUUCAAGGAUUGUAUGAAAUUUGAAAAUGAAAGUUUUUGAAAGUUUUAACCUUUGUGGACAUGCUGUCACCGUUGUAAUUAUUUUGUCGCUGGCACUAUGUGAGUCUUCAUCCCACAUCAUGCCUACCUCCUCAUCCCCAGCUGGAGAGAGCUCAGUGCUGCAUGGUGAUUCCAUACAGUUUGACUUGGUCCCAGACAUAGUGAUGCAUGGCUCAGUGGUCCAAGUUAGUUACCAGUGCUCCAGGGCCUGUGAGGUGGGAGUGGAGGUGGUGGUCUCCACACAGACCAAGACAGGAGUGGCUGUCUUCAGGAGGAGAUGGACCAACCACAGACGCCUCCAUGUCCCCAGGACUCAUCCAGUGAAGCUUUGGUUCCCUCCAGACAUGGCCUACAGAAAGGACCUCUUCAUGAGGCACACAUUGGACGUCCAUAAUGUGAUGGUUCGAGCCUGGUUGGACCACCUUGAGCAAGGCAAAGGAGACAAAGGCCAUGUGAAUAGGACCAGCACAUACAAUGGGUCCCUGGUGAGGACGUUCAAAGUGCUUCAGGCAGUACUUCCAUCUGAGCGUCCAGCUAGACUUUAUCCUGGGUGCCCCUCCUGGAUGGCUGAUCUUAUGUGGCAGCUGACCAGAGACAGAAUCCGCCAGUGCCCACAUGAGUCAGACACUGUGGAUAUAUUGACAUUUCCAAUGGUUAGCACUGGAAAGAGUUUUGGAGUGAUUCGCAAGAUCCACCCUUUCAUCAACAGAGAUCUUGAGAGAGAUCGUGUCCUCACUGUGGAGCAGCCCAGUAUCACAGUGUCUAUAUGGGUCUUUCUGGUGCAGUGGUGUGACAAGAAACUGUGUGGAAUCAUCCAUCAUGUUGAUCAGAACAGCAAAUACGACACUCCUCUGAUGCAGCUCACUAACACAGGAGAUAUCAUAAUUCAGGUUCGUGUGGUGUCUGGGGGAGAUAAGGCAUUCAGAGCCCACACAGCUCUGCCUCUCUGGACCUGGAUCAGACUAGACUGCUUCAUACAAGGCUCUAAGGUGACACUGCAAGUUAAACCUGAAAUGACAUCGGGAGGAAUGGUGGGGAACACACACAUAUUUGACUUUCAGAGUGACAUCCAUUACAAUGACACUGGUGGAUACUUUGUGAUUGGAGGGGGCAGGUUCAUGCCAGGUUUCCAUGGCUAUUUUGGACCAAUCAAAUACUAUCGUUUGGGCACAGAAAAGGUGAUCAACUUCCUUUCCCCUGCCAAGACAUUAGAGGGCCUGGAAAAGACUCACAGAGAGUGUGAUGUUAUCAGAGAAGUCACUGCAGCCUUUCUUCAGGCUGUGACACACAACCAGGAAGUCUUUAUGACAGGUUUAUGUCACUCUCACUACAUCAGUUUAUGGAGAAGGUUUGGACAGAAUACAUGUAGGCAGACAUGGACCUGGGAGGCACAGAAGAAGCACCGUGUACUUUUCACCUUCUUAGAGACCCAGCUAAAGGACUUCACCACAGGAACUAAGAACAGGAGAACACCCCUUUACCUUGGAAGCAGAUUGUUUGAGCAUGUAGUGAAUAGACUGUCCAAUAGAGGAAGCAACCAGAUGGACUCCACCACCACCACCUCCUCCCUGAUAGCCCUGCUGCAGAUGUCCUCCUGCUAUGGCUACCACCACUCCUCCUUGCUGCUCUCCACCAUCCACCUGGCUGGCCUGGGGGCCCCUGUGGACCAACAGCAGGGUCAUGUCUACAGUCUGAUUGGUGCACUGGGAGACAACCGUUUAGCCCUCAUGCAUUUGGGCUACAAACACACACAAGGAAUUGACGGGUUCCCCAAAGACUUUGACAUGGCGUACAGUUACUACUCCAAUGUUGGGGCACAGACCAGUAUUGACCAAGACCGGGUACUGGGGAAUCAGCAAUAUAUCACGGAGCACAUUCUUAUAAGCAACGAGGACCACCUGAACAGCCUAACUCAUGAGACAGGUGACACCUUUCAGUAUAUCAAACUUCAAGCUGACAGAGGAGACGUUGAAUCACAGAAACAUCUAGCAAAGCUUCUAUUCUGGGGUCAAAAUGGUGUCUCUAAGGACGUUGGGAGUGCAGUUAAGUGGUAUGCUAAGAGUGCCAUGGAGCUGGAGGAUCCUGCAGCCAUGUAUGAGUACUCUAUCUUAUUAUUUAAGGGACAGGGGGUGAAGAGGAACAUGACUCUGGGUCUUCAGAUAUUGGAGAAAGCUGCAGCCAAGGGUUCAGUCCAAGCCUUGAAUGGGCUGGGAUGGUAUUACAGCACCAUACUGAGAGACUACAAGACUGCCUACAAGUACUUUGAACAGGCUGCCCACAAUGGCAGUCAUGACGGCAUGUUUAACCUGGGUGUGUAUUACUUAAAUGGGAAGAACCCACACAACCCAGAAAAGAAUGAGACUGCUGCGUUUCAUCUCUUCCUAAACUCCUCCCUCUAUGGUCACGUGGACGGGGCGGUGCAGGCGGCCUGGUACCUGUCCACAGGAAACCUGGAGGGGGUCUCCCGGGACACAGAGAGGGCUGUGAUCAUGCUGAAACAGAUCUGUGAGCAGAAUGGUUACCUGGGAUACAUCGUAAGAGAGGCUCUUCAAUCCUACCUCCAGGGCUUCUGGGGCGAGGCUCUGGUCAGGUAUGCCCUUGCCGCUGAAACAGGUUUGGGAGUGGCCCAGAAUAAUGUUGCCUACCUAUGUGAGGAGUUGAAGCAGAGCUAUGAUUGUCAAUGGAGGUAUUAUAACCAUUCCACAAUGAACUAUGCCCCACAUGAUUCUGGUUUGCUGAAGAUGGGCGACUACUACUACUCAAGCAGCAGGCUAGGAGCUGUUGAUCAGGCUAUAUCACUGUACAGCAGAGCAGCCCUUGCAGGCAGUUCUCAGGGAAUAUAUAAGUUGGUGGUUUUGGCAGAAGAGGGACAUGAUGUCCCAUUGAUCAUCAGAGACAGAUUAAACAUAUCAAUUCAUGAUGGGCUAGACAUUGUGGUGGAGAGACUCUUACAAAGAUGUGUAGAGUUGGAUGAAGAUGAGGAUCUGACACCAUGUACUUUAGCUCUACUCAGGGUCCGCAUGGGAAAAUCCUGGAGAAAAAUGACUCAAGACCCUAUACAGCUGUCACUGGUUUAUAUAUCUGUCGUUACUCUCAUCAUUGCUCUGAUUACUGUGCUAAUCCAAAGUGCUCUGGAGUGUCUCCAAGUGCACAUCCCAGCUAGACAACGUAGGCAUACCACUGACCGUGCAGUAGAUGACAGGACAGGGACAUCCCCUGUCAAUCAAGCAGAAGUCAAUGGGAAUGGACAGCAGGACCCGAAUGACCCCAUCAGGAGAGAAGACAGAAUGUCCAGAACUGUUAGAAUGGCCCAGGGUCUAUGGUCCAUUCUACUGAGGGAUGGACAGAGAAUGCAGCAGACAGUUGACCUGGCUGUUACUGUGUCUGGGGUGUGUCUCUGUGUCCUCUGCACAUUGAUCCUCCAUCAUCUGCUCUGAUAGUUGUCUUACAGGAAAUGCCUGAGACAGAAGAUAACAUAUAAAGGAAUGUAUAUGCUUUAUGUUGGGAAGCAAGCCUGUAAAUAUGAUAAAACUGCAUUUUCUGAGAUAUCUGACUAAUUUUAACUGACAAGUGGGAGUGAACAGACUCAUAUGACUGAUACAGAUGUAGGAUCUUAAUUUGAUCACUCUUUUGUUGCUGAUAAGUUUUCUGUACAGGAGGAAAUGCAGAUGAACUUUGUGAUUUGCAUAAAUUCACUGAAAACUCACAUUUACAAACAGUUACAUUAACAGUAUUGCACUUUUCAUGUAGCCUACUUUUGGCCAGCUAAUAGCCUAACCGCUGAGCAACAUUGUGGACUAAAUGUUCAAAACCUGUUGCUGCAGGAUUAUUUUUCUGUGACAAUAUAGGGCAAAUGAAGAUCUUACAUCUGUAGGUGUAUGAGUCUGCUAUCUGGUUGUUUUGUUUCAGCCACAUGGUGCUGAAUCACACGUUUUUUUUCUGGGGCUCCUAAACGUCUGUCUGUUUGGGGCCGGUACGUUAGGUUAGUCCAAGGCCGAUCAGAACGACUAGUUUCUGCUGGUUAACUUAUUACAGUUUUUGUCUGAACAGUUGUCCAGAAUCUGCUUGAUUUAUUGGUAAGGGUUAUGAAUCAUACGUACAGUUAAAGUCUGAAGUUUACAUACACCUUAGCCAAAUACAUUUAAACUCAGUUUUUCACAAUUCCUGACAUUUAAUCCUAGUAAAAAUGUCCUGUCUUAGGUCAGUUAGGAUCACCACUUUAUUUUAAGAAUGUGAAAUGUCAGAAUAAUAGUAGAGAUAAUAAUUUAUUUCAGCUUUUAUUUCUUUCAUCACAUUCCCAGUGGGUCAGAAGUUUAAAUACACUCAAUUAGUAUUUGGUAGCAUUACCUUUAAAUUGUUUAACUUGGGUGAAACAUUUCGGGUAGACAUUUCGGGCAAACUUCCACAAACUUCCACAAUAAUUUGGGCCCAUUCCUCUUGACAGAGCUGGUUUAACUGAGUCAGGUUUGUAGGCCUCCUUGCUCGCACACGCUUUUUCAGUUCUGCCCACAAUUCUUUUUAUGGGAUUGAGGUCAGGGCUUUGUGAUGGCCACUCCAAUACCUUGACUUUGUCGUCCUUAAUCCAUUUUGCCACAACUUUGCUUGGGGUCAUUGUCCAUUUAGAAGACCCAUUUGCGACCAAGCUCUAACUUCCUGACUGAUGUCUUGAGAUGUUGCUUCAAUAUAUCCACAUAAUUUUCCUAUCUCAUGAGCUAUCUAUUUUGUGAAGUGCACCAGUCCCUCCUGCAGCAAAGUACCCCCACAACAUGAUACUGCCACCCUCGGGCUUCACAGUUGGGAGGGUGUUCUUCGGCUUGCAAGCGUCCACCUUUUUCCUCCAAACAUAACGAUGGUCAUUAUGGCCAAACAGUUCUAUUUUUGUUUAAUCGGACCAGAGGACAUUUCUCCAAAAAGUACUAUCUUUGUCCCCAUGUGCAGUUGCAAAGCGUAGUCUUGUCUUUUUUAUGGUGGUUUUGGAACAGUGGCUUCUUCCUUGCUGAGCUACCUUUCAGGUUAUGUCAAUAUAGGACUCGUUUCACUGUGGAUAUAGAUACUUUUGUACCUGUUCCCUCCAGCAACUUCACAAGGUCCUUUGCUGUUGUUCUGGGAUUGAUUUGCACUUUUCUCACCAAAGUACGUUCAUCUUUAGGAGACAGAACACGUCUCCUUCCUUGCUCCCAAGGAUGAACCAGACUUGUGGAGGUCUACAAUUUUUUUCUGAUGAUUUCUUUUGAUUUUCCCAUGAUGUCAAAUAGUCACUGAGUUUGAAGGUAGGCCUUGAAAUACAUCCACAGGUACAUCUCCAAUUGACUCAAAUGAUGUCAAUUAGCCUUCCAGAAUCUUUUAAAGCCAUGACAUAAUUUUCUGGAAUUUUCCAAGCUGUUUAAAGGCACAGUCAACUUAGUGUAUGUAACUUCUGACCCACUGGAAUUGUGAUACAGUGAACUAUAAAUUAAAUAAUCUGUCUGUAAACAAUUAUUGGAAAAAUUACUUGCCAAAACUAUAGUUUGUUAACAAGAAAUGUGUGGAGUGGUUGAAAAACUAGUUUUAAUGACUCCAACCUAAGUGUAUGUAAACUUCCGGCUUCAACUGUAACUAUGAUGGGUUACCCAGAGUAAAUAUGGUGGGUCCGCAAGAGUAUGUGCAGUGUGUGCAGCAUUCCUAGACCCUUGCCCAGGGUUUAAGUCAGAAUUUUAUUCAUGCAAUGAACUGUCUGUUCUCAGUAUGUGGGUCAAUGAGUGAGAUAUGAUUGUAUUAAUGAACUGUCUGUUCUCAGUAUGUGGGUCAAUGAGUGAGAUAUGAUUGUAUUCUGUGAAACACACUAAGCCCCGUCUUCAUGUAGAUACAGUACUUCAGAUAAGGAUUUCGUAUUAUGGGGAUGGUAGAACUGUUACUCUGUAUCUGAGUUAUGGAUUUCAUAAUAGGUUGGGGAACUUCGAGGAGCUAAACAGCAGCUUUCUAGUAUUUGCUUGAUCAGCUGUUAUUUACAGCAUAAACUGCAACUGUUGUAGGGCUCUCUCUUUCUCUCUCAUUAAUAUGCAGUUAUUUAAUCAUUAUAUGACGAUUGAUAUUACCUUGAAUCUUGGCAACAACAAACACUGUGGCCAAAUGUAAUAAAUGUGACAGUUUAACUGCUGUCACGUUGUACUUUGUAAUACUGUUCUGUUUAGUCAAACUCAUUUAAUAGAAAUGUUUCCCAAGGGCAACCUUUAUAAUCAUUUAUGGGUUGGUUUUUUUCAUGGAGACUUUUUGACUUUGUCAACAUCCAGGACAUACAGAGAUUGAGUUGAUGCGUGGUCUCAGCCAUGCAUUAUACCAUAGUCUAUAAACUGUCCUUUCAGAAAAUAAAGACCAACAUUUAUUUGAAA